GCCAGCCAGGCUUUGCCUUCUCCUCUCCCUUGGUUUCUUCUUCUUCUUCUUUCCAAAAAUUCCCUUCUUCAAUCCAUCCCUGAAUGAAACUGGAGGGAGACAGACAGAAUCCAAUCCAACAUCCUCGCACCCUCCCACUCCACUUGUGAUUCGUGCGUGAUUCCAUUUCCAUCGAUUCCUGCUGCCUGCUGCUACGACCACGAUCGAAUGCCGCCGACGGAGACCUAGGGUUUCGAUCUCGUCCACCAGCACCAGAUGCCGCUCCGGGAGGCGCCGCUCCCGUCCAAGCGGCUCGCCAGCGCGCGCCACUAUGCCCCCGCCGCCGCCCCGCCGGUGCCGCCCCACCGCCCGCCGCCAUCCGCCUCCAUAUCCACCGCCUCCGCCCGCAAGCCGCCCGAGCCGCUCCGGAGGGCCGUCGCCGACUGCCUCUCGCCGCCCGCGCCGCACACCCACGGUCCAGCUGCCGCCGCCGCUUCUGCCGCCGCCGAGGCCUCGCGAACGCUCCGGGAUUAUAUAGCCAACCCUUCAACCAUAGAUAUGGCUUAUAAUGUCCUCAUUGACCAUGCACUUGCAGAAAGUGAUCGCAGCCCAGCGGUCGUCCCAAGAUGUGUGGCAUUGUUAAAGAGAUAUCUUAUCCGGUAUAUUCCAAGGGUCCAGACUCUGCGUCAAAUUGAUCUUUUCUGUGCAAAUACGAUUGCAAAAUGUGAACCAAUGGCAAAUAACAGAGCAGAAUCUCUUGGCCAAGUAUCAGCAGUAGCUGCACCAAAUUCCUCACCAAUUGCCCCGCCAAUAUCCAACUUUGCUUCAGCAUCUCUUGUGAAGUCUUUAAACUAUGUUCGCUCAUUGGUUGCAAGACAUAUUCCAAAAUUGUCAUUCCAACCUAUAGUCCAGUCUGUUGCGUCCAAGCAGUCACUUCCUUCACUUUCAUCAUUUUUGAAUAGGUCCUUAGCAGAAGUUAUUAGCAACAGAGAACAUCUUGAAUUGAAGGAAUGCCAUAGUUCAUCCGAUUUGAUAUCAUCAGCUAGCGAUAAAGUUGACGGGGGUGAGCCUGGAGAUGAUAGCAAAUAUAUAUCCUUUGACAUUUUAAGCUGGCGAUGGCAUGUGUAUGGCGAGGAACGGCAGGCAUCAACUUCUGCCGAAGAAAGCAGUGAUUUUGUGGGUCUUCAAGAUUUUCAUACACAUGGUUUUCUUGAGGUUGGUGCUGCAGCUCUUUUAGUUGGGGAUAUGGAGGCGAAAAUUAAUGAUCAACACUGGAAAUAUAGUGUUAUCAAGGAAUUUCCAGAUAUUGAUUUGCUGCAACCUUCAACUUCUGCCCUAAGUACUUUUGCGUCGUCGCAAAGCCAUUUAAAAGCAAUAACUGCCUCAAAACGCAUGAAGUCAGGCCCAAAUCAUGUUUGGAUGAACAUACCAGCAAACACCUUCCAGCCUCGAGCACGUCCCCUUUUCCAGUAUAGACACUACAGUGAGCAGCAACCCUUAAGAUUGAAUCCGGCUGAAAUUUCUGAAGUCAUAGCUGAAGUUUGUUCCGAAGCAACUUCAAAUGCAAGUCAGUCUAUUGCUCCAUCAAGAUUGAGCACCCAGAAUCGGCAACCUUCAGCAGAUGUGGCAUUCAGUGUCCUUAUCAAACUUGUCAUUGACAUGUAUAUGAUGGAUUCCGAGACUGCUGCACCCCUGACACUUUAUAUGCUUGAGGGUAUGCUGAGCUCUCAAAAGACAUCUGCCAGAACAAAGGCUCUUGAUUUGAUCCUAAAUCUGGGGGUACAUGCACACUUACUGGAACCUAUGGUUGUUCAAGAUGCACCGCUUAUAGAUAAAAGUGAAGCUGUUAACCAUUCUUAUCUAAGCAACGAAUAUGGAUCAAGUAUAGAUGAACCAAGGGCAGCAGAACCCGAAGAAGAGCCGAAUAUCAGUCCUGCUAUUGAUCAGUUUGAGUCAUGGCUUCUUAAAAUACUUUUUGAGGUUCUCCUUCUCCUAGUACAGAUGGAGGAACGACAGGAGAUUGUGUGGGCCUCAGCUUUGAGUUGUCUAUUUUACUUUGUUUGUGAUGGAGGAAAAAUUAUCAGGAGUAGACUGGGAGGUCUGGACAUAAGGGUAAUAAAGACUCUUCUUGAAAUUAGUGUGGAGCACUCAUGGGCAAAAGUAGUGCACAGCAAGCUCAUAUGCAUGCUUACAAAUAUGCUGUACCAAGUAUCAGAUGUAACUCAGAAUGGUGUUCGUGAUACUCAUUUUGUUCCUGAACGGAUUGAUCUUCUUGGUGGAAUUGACUAUAUUUGUCUUGAGUAUUCACGAGCCAACUCCAGGGAAGAGAAGCGAGAUUUAUUUUUUGUCAUUUUUGAUUACGUAGUGCAUCAAAUAAAUGAAGCUUGCCUGGCUGGUGGUAUUUCAACCUAUACUUAUGAUGAUGCCCAGCCCCUUGCUUCCCUUCUUGCAUUCGCUGAUGCUCCUGAGGCCUUUUAUAUAUCUGUGAAGCAUGGUGUUGAAGGCGUCGGUGACAUGCUGAGGAAAGCUAUAUCGGCGGCAUUAUCGCAGUCUGCACACUAUGACCAAUUGAAUGUGCUUCUGGACAAGGUUAUGAGAAAACUUGAUGGAACUGUCAGCACGUUUUCCAGGAUUGACAAUGAGUUUGCUUAUAUGAUCCAAGUAACAAAAUCAUGCAAGUGCUUUAGCAGCAUUAAAGAAGGAUGUGAUGAUGCUGAUGUCGCGCUUAGAGCCAGGCUUUGCUGGGCGACUUUGCACUCGCUUCUUCACUCACAGAUUUCAUCAUAUAGACACCAUGGUUAUAUUUGGUUAGUUGAAUUGCUCCUUUCAGAAAUCAGUGAAGAAACAGAUGGUUCUAUAUGGUCUAAAAUAAAAAAGCUUCAAGCAGAAAUUGAAGUUGCUGGUAGCCAGGAUCUAUCAUGUUCAGAAGUUUCUCUGCCUGUUUGUAUGCUCUGUGGGCUUCUGAAGUCAAAACACAACUUCAUUAGGUGGGGAUUCCUGUAUGUGCUGGACAAAUUUCUGAUGCGUUGCAAAUUAUUAUUGGAUGACAGUGAUAUGCAAGUCCAAACAACUGCUGAUCAUAGCAAAAACUGUCUUGAUAAAGCUUUUGCAGUUAUAGAUAUUAUGAAUAGUGCUCUGUUACUAGUAGUUCAAAACAAUGAGACAGACCAUAUCAACAUCUUAAAGAUGUGUGACAUGCUGUUCUCUCAAUUAUGCCUGAGAAUUCCUUCCACAAAUGCGAUGCAUGCCGGGGGCCUUCAGUCCCUUGGUCAACUUUUUGGUUGUACAACCAAGAACAUUGAUAGUCAUUUGGAAACCCUUGCAUCACACCAAAGUGUUGCAAACAAGAAUCUUUGCCGGAGUGAGACAUUGCAAGAUAUUGGCAUGAAUCAAUCUGCUCAAUCCACUUUACUCUGUGAAGCAUCAAUGGCGGCACUACUUCUGAGAGGGCUCGCAAUAGCCCCCAUGCAACUUGUAGCCCGUGUGCCGACUUCUUUGUUUUUCUGGCCAUUGAUUCAGCUUGAAGGGGCAGCCAGUGAUGACAUUGCAUUAGGUAUUGCUGUUGGUAGCACAGGAAGAGGCAAUCUUCCUGGUGCUACAUCAGAUAUUCGAGCAGCACUUCUAUUACUAUUGAUUGGUAAAUGCACAGCUGAUCAGGAGGCACUGAAGGAGGUAGAAGGCAAUGAGUUCUUUAGGGGUCUUCUGGAUGAUACGGAUUCAAGGGUAGCAUAUUAUUCUGCUGCUUUUCUUCUGAAGAGAAUGAUGACAGAGGAACCAGAGAUCUACCAGCGGAUGCUUCAGAGCCUCAUUUCGAAAGCUCAACAGUGUAACAAUGAGAAACUUCUGGAGAACCCAUACCUUCAAAUGCGUGGAAUAUUGCAGUUAUCAAAUGACCUAGGAGUGCAAUGAUAAGGCUGUGAUGGCAUUUCAAUGGAUAAAGCUAUAGGUUAGAAUCUGUAGUACUUUAGGCUGUGUUUAUUGCAGAAGAAUCUGAAACUGCCUUCCUCUGCUCCAAAUUAAGAAAAGAUGCAAUGCAAAUCAUGUAAAUUACUGGGUUGGCCGGAUUCAUGUACAGGCCUCUGAAUUUCUUCGUUCUUUGUUCGACUUGGUGAAUAUCGUUCCGUGGGAGCCACUGUGAUUGACAGGAUAAUUUGGAGAUCAUCCUGUGAUAUGGACACCGUGCCAUCAUGGUUUACCUACCUGGAUGAAUUGACAAAGGUUAAAGACCCUACAAUUUUGUAAUCCUGACCAUUGAGAUCGAGGCAGCACAACUUUUUUUUGAGGCAUGCUCGGUUCAAUAAGUAGUAGGUCUCUUCCUUACCUGUGUGUUUGGUCUCCUUUACCUUUCCAUAUAUGGCAACUGACCAAAAGGAGUGUAGAUUUGUAUUGCCGAGUGAUAACAAUGUAAAUUUGUAGGUUGGUGGUGAUUAAUUUGGAGAUGAUGUA